GCGACCAGCAACUUUCUUCGCUCGCCGUUUGCGACUUGAGCUUCCACAAACCAUUCCCAGACUUAACUUAAAUCGAGGUAAACAACAUCGCCAAAAAUGGACUCGAAUGAUGCUUGGUCGACGCCGUCCAACGACGCGCUACUCCUGUCGCUCGUGUCCCCUUCUCCCUCGGGAGUGAAAACCAUCGGCCACAGCUUUCACCCAAAAUUCACAUACUCAAUUUUUGGCGACAGCGAGGAAAUAUUCGGCUACCAAAACCUCGAAAUCAACCUCCGGUACAAUGCGAGCGAUAUGCGGCCGAACUUGUCCAUCACAUACGACAAAAAGUUCGCCGCCAUAGGAGACACGGAGGCGACCGAUGUCGACGCCAUCCUGCGCGAGCUUCUUCCCGAUGUUGCAUUCCAGAAAAAGAAGGAUUUUGAGACGGCGGUAAAGAGUCUCCGGAAAAAUUGGACUCCUCCAGGAAAGCUUGCAACGUCGUUUAACGUGAUCAGCCGCGUUCAGAUCCUCGUUCCGCUAUAUAUCGAAGGCGGGAGCGCCAUUGAUAUGGAUGACCCCGAUGCCGACCGGUGGACCGUCUUCUUUCUGUACCAGAAGAAGGCAGCCUCGAGCGAUGCCGACAUCAACCCUUACGUCUUCGCCGGCUACUCCACAGUAUAUCGCUUCUUCCACUUCCGGUUGCCGACGCCGCCCCAAUCUCCCUCCGAGGCCGACCUAGAGAAAGCGACACUCGCCCAAGACUUCGACCUGUCCGAACUCCCAUGUCGCAACAGAAUCUCCCAGUUCAUCGUCCUACCCCUCUUCCAAGGAAAGGGCCUAGGUCCUAGACUAUACAGCCACAUCUUCGACGACUACAUCAAGCAUCCGCAGACGACCGAGAUCACAGUCGAGGACCCAAACGAGGCCUUCGACGACCUGCGCGACAUCGCGGACCUGCAAUACCUGCGCCAGCUGCCCGGCUUCCAAGCCCUCCGCAUCAACACGGACAUCAACAUCCCCAAAAUCGGCGCCGCGCCGAACAACAUCGUCGACAAGGCGGCGUGCGAGGCCGUGCGCGUCAAGGCCAAGAUGGCGCCCCGCCAGUUCGCGCGCGUGCUCGAGAUGUACCUCAUGUCCAAGCUCCCGGAGCCCGUGCAGCCGGGGAUUUCCCCGGAGAAGGCGGCGCCCGACGCGACCAAGGACCAGAAGCACGAAUACCGCCUCUGGCGGCUGAUGCUCAAGAAGAGGAUAUACAAGCACAACAAGGACGCGCUGGGCGAGCUCGAGAUCCCCGAGCGCAUCACCAAGCUCGACGAGACGGUGUCGAGCGUCGAGUUUGACUACGCCCGGCUGCUGGCCAGGGCGGAGGAGCAGCAGAAGAAUCUGGCGGAGGAGCAGCCCAAGGAGGCGGCGGCGGUGGCUGUUGCUAGUGCCUCUAAUGGGUCAUCGGCGAACGGGAAACGCAAGGCGGUGGAUGAUGGGGAGAAGCUGGCUAGCAAGAGGGCGAGGGUUGAUGAUGAAUGA